AUGAAUCCUAUUCUAAAGAGUUUGCAUUCACAUGUUUUGCCGUCUUUCUUGCAUAAAUUUUCGACAUCAUAUGGGCAUUUUGCUAAGACGGGAAGUUGGAAAUAUUUGACACAAAGUGCUUCAAUUCCGAAAAUACAAGCAAUGAACCAAAAAAUACCUGCCACAAAUAAACAAAGUUUCGAUUAUUUUCUUGUCCUCGAUUUCGAAGCAACUUGUGAAGAAGGGAUUAAAAUUAUGCCACAUCAAGAGAUAAUCGAGUUCCCGGUUAUACAGUUAUCGGGAGAAAAUUUGGAAGAAGUUGGCCGGUUUCAUCGAUAUGUGAGGCCUACUGAACGACCAAUUUUAACUUCGUUUUGUACUGACCUUACUGGAAUUGUGCAGGAAACAGUUGCAAAUCAAGAGACCCUUCCGGACGUUUUAAACGCUUUUGAUAAAUGGCUCAUUGAUUCGAAUUUGAUUAACGCCGAUCGUUCCAUGAAAUCACUUUUUACUUUUAUAACAUGUGGUGAUUGGGAUCUUGGUGUAUUGCUUCCUAGCGAAGCGAAUUAUCGAAAUUUGGAGCUACCAGAGCAAGCUUUUUAA